UAUAUUUAAUAAAAAUGUUUUUAUUUCAUAUGCAUACAUUCCCAUCUUACCUUUUAUCUUUUACAUCUUUAAUUUUAUGAUAACGUGUAUGGUAAUAUUUUCAUUUUAUGCUUAAAUUCUAAGCAGAAUCAUAAUUGUUUCAUUCUGUGAUCGACAUACGUUUUUAACUUGAUAUUCUUUAGUGAUAAUAAAUUUUAAUUGUUUUUGAUCCAAUUUGUCAAGACGAAUUCCUUCUAUGUCUUGGAAUUACAACAUCAAAUCUGUUAAUCUGAUGAUUUUUUUUGGACAUGAAGGGAUUGAUAUUUUGAAAUUGUAUUGCUGAGGUUCCAAAGUGAAACGUACUAUUUUUUGGAAUAAAGAUUUAAGAUUGCGUACUAACUACCAUGCUGAUUCUCAUUCGCCUUGGUUUUUUAGAAUUUUGUUAAAUUUAGGAGAGUUAAUUACAUUAUUACUAUAUUUAAAAACCUUGUUUCUUUCUCUCAUUAUACCAUGCCACCAAAGUUAUCAGUUUUCCACGAAUUAUAGCUUUUUCAAUUUUUUAAAAGUAUGUAGGUUAUAAUACGUAAUUAAAAGGCCUGUUUUUUUGUAGCUCAACUUUUCGCACUAUUCAUCUUUUUUUUUCUCCAUCAAUGUGGAGAAAAAAAGAGGAAAAAGACGAAUUGUGCAAGAAGUGGAUCUAAAAAGAACAGACCUAUCAUCAGCAUUAUCAAAUAUCAAGCACUGUUGAAGAUACGGCGAACAAGACGGAUACAGUGUCUUGAUUAGUUUCUCCUGGUUUUUCCGGUAGCGAUCUUUCACGACCUUUUUCUGCACUCAACUUAAGUCCAACUGUGCAUGGGUGCGUUCCAAGUUACGUGUGAAACGCACGAUGUAUCGUUUUAUCCUUCUUUAUUAAUUGAUAAACAACAAGGACAAAUGAUGCAUCAUGCACUUCAUGCAUAACUCGGAACGCACCCCAUAAAAGCACGUUCAGCCGUUUCAGCCGUUUAACACGUCAAUGGUAUUAAUGGUGGGCAGUGUCAGCUAAUGCUAUGAGAAGCAAUCUCUUCUAGCCAAAAGAAAGAAUGGAGUUGUUAGUCGCGCAGUAUACUCUGCUCGAGGAAAAUAUAUUGCUAACUAUUAAACGCAAUGGCAUUCAACAUCGGCCAAAUACAAACAGUGGAUUAUGGCUAGGUGCUUUAGUUGGCCUGAGUGCUGUGAUUACGAUAUUGAAAGAAGAAAGCAGUUAUUCUGAGAUAUGUCUCUCUGUAGGAACUACUGGUUUCGGUCUUAUUCUCUGUUGUCUAUGUCUUUAUGCACGACUUUCAAUGAAACAAAUUAUAGCAAAAGACUUUCAUGCUGUAUACUUUGUACCUGCAAUUAUAACAUCUAUACUGUUUCUACUUGUUGCUAACAAAGGACUAUUGACUAGUGUCACAUGGGGCCUAACUGUUGGAAGUUUGGGCACAUGGGGUGUUUUACAAUUGAUGUCAGGUUUUCCAUGCUGUUUUACAAUGGGAGAAGCAACAGCGGUUACGCAUGGUUUUAUUUUGUUCUUGAUGUCGGUUGUUACUAAUUUACCUUUACGAUAUCAUUUACCCCCGAUUCACGAUAAUGACAUCAGUACAGUCUUGUUACAGGUUGUGAUAUCGUAUGUAGUGUCGAUAUGUUUCCUGUGUGGAUAUUUUCCCACUCUGCGCAGUACAACAUAUUUUUACUUGAUGAUAUUCAGUCUCUUAUGUUUCGUAAUUCUUCCAAUGCUUUACAUUAUUCUUGAUCAAAAUCCAAUAGAAUGGAUAAUUUCUUUUUCUUUUAGUAGUUAUGAAAGGAUUGCAAUAUUUAUAUAUUGGGCAGUGUGUUUUCUGUUAAGUAUCUUUAUUAUAAGUCAUCAGAUAUCAUUGAAAUCCCAAGCUACAAGUUCUACUAGAAAGCAUUUUCAUAUAUUAGCCACAUUUGUAUAUAUUCCUGGCAUGAUAUACAAUCUUCCACUGUUAUAUCUUGCUAGUGGUGUGAUGUUUGUACUACUUAUUGCUCUUGAGGUAAUCAGAUUUUUGAAAAUCCCGCCUUUAGGAGAAAUUUUACAGCAAGGAUUUAUUGCAUUUGUUGAUGAAAAGGAUCCUUUGCUUUCAUUAACACCUAUAUAUCUAUUGUGUGGUUUAUCAUUACCUCUUUGGAUGCCAACUAAUAAUUUGACGUUAAUGGUAUUACUCAGCGGUGUACUGACGGUAGGAAUCGGUGAUACUGCUGCAAGCUUCGUCGGUAACAGAUGGGGUGCACAUAAAUGGCCCGACACGGAAAAAACUAUCGAAGGCACCAUUGCAUGCAUAUUUUGUCAAAUUUGCAUAAUAUUCACGCUAACAUGUUGUGGAUUAAUGGAUAAUUAUCGAUUACUACUGAGAAGUAUUUUGUCAGCUGUAUCAAUAUCAUUGAUCGAAGCACGCACAAAUCAAGUGGACAAUCUGGCUCUGCCAUUAUUAAUAUAUCUG